GGAAAUGAAAUGCAGCUCUACCAGGUUAAAGGCUUGUGAUCUAUUUGAGCAGCAUACAACUCUGCAAGGUGUCUUGUUGAUUUGGAUCAUUGCUUUUGGAGGUAAUUCAAUGACGUCUCCUCCCCGGCGCUUCACAGAUGAGCUUGUUUGUUUUGGAUCAUGUCCAACUCUUUUCCUUCUCUGCGCCGGAGGCUACUCUUGUUCUCUGCAGACCAGAAAAACCUCGAAACAGUUUCUCAUCCCUGCAGUUCUUUGUUAAUUCCAGUCUGGUCUGAUUCUGACUUGCAUAUGACCUGAUGAGACGGUAACAACAUCAGCCCUGCCCUGUGGAGGUUGGAGGUGAUGCCAGGUACUCUUUGGUACUUGGUAUGUCUGUUGUCUUUGUCCGCCAUGUUCCACUUUCAUAAGAUCAGGAUCAAAUUCAGUAAUGAAAUCGUCCUACAAGCCUCCACAUACUGGCUUUAAAACAGCAUCUGAGCAUUGUGGAGCAGAACCUCUUGGAAGACUUUAGACUGACUAAAGCAACUUUUCUAAAUUUAGAAAGUGUUUAUUUAUUUGUUUAACUUUUUUAUUCAUGACAUUUACACUUUUUUCUUGAAGAUUCAACUAUAUUUUUGAAAUGCUUCUAUACAUUUACUCUUCAAUGCUACAUUCCUGCUGGUGAUGUAGGAGCCUCUUGACAUUCCUCAGAGCUGCAGCAGAGUGUUUGCCUGUCAUGUGUCUGCUCAUGUUGGGCGGUGCAGCAGCAGCAGCAGCAAAGACUGGUGUGUCUCUACACUCAGUCAGGUGUUUCAGUAGCUGAGCAGCUUCUCGAGGAGGCAGACUACUACCUGCUUUGUUCUUGAUUUCAUAAUUUUGUGGUGGUUUGAUAGAUCAGAGUUUUUUAUGGAUCACCUGCGCUCCUGCUUUUCAACACACAUCAUUUUAUUACCUGGGACUUGACUCUGGCUGAAGCAGCCGGCUCACCGGCAUCUGAUCCCGGGACUGGAAGUCCUGACAGGGACGGCGUUCAUGUCGUAGGAUAUGAAGCAUUACAGGUGACACUGGGCUUAAGCUGCUUUAUCGGAUUCCGAUUGAUUGAUCGAUGGGCCAGGCUCGGUGUUGAGGUGGAUAGAAUUUAGCUGAUCGUCUGAGCCGAGUAACAGGUCAUGGCUGGGAGAGGGACGGUCGAUCUGGCCCCUUCAGCCGCUGUCAAGGUCUUCUCAGCAGGAACAGCUGGCUGCGUGGCCGACCUAGUCACUUUCCCCCUGGACACAGCCAAAGUCAGACUGCAGAUCCAAGGUGAAUCCAAGCCCCCGGUGGGAGUCCAGAGGGCGAGGUUCAGGGGGGUUUUUGGCACCAUCUACACCAUGGUGAAGACCGAGGGCUCCAGGAGUCUGUACAGUGGACUGGUGGCCGGGCUGCAGAGACAGAUGAGCUUCGCCUCGGUGCGGAUUGGCCUCUACGACACCAUCAAGCAGGUCUACAGCCGAGGAUCAGAGAACGUAGGAAUCGGGACUCGGCUGCUGGCGGGCUGCACCACGGGGGCCAUGGCUGUGGUGCUGGCUCAGCCGACUGAUGUGGUCAAAGUCAGGUUCCAGGCCCAGGGUCGCCUGCCGGAGGGCGGCUCCGCGAAGAGGUACAGCGGCACCAUCGACGCCUACAGGACCAUCGCCAGGGUUGAAGGCGUCAGAGGGCUCUGGAAAGGUGUUUUCCCAAAUAUAACUCGUAAUGCCAUCGUGAACUGCUCCGAGCUGGUGACGUAUGACAUCAUCAAAGAGCUCAUCCUGCAGAACAAACUGAUGACAGACAACAUGCCGUGUCACUUCACCGCCGGCUUCGCUGCAGGUUUCUGCACCACCAUCGUAGCGUCCCCGGUGGACGUGGUCAAAACCCGCUUCAUGAACUCAGUCCCCGGGCAGUACAGCGGUGCCAUGAACUGUGCCCUCACCAUGCUCAUUAAAGAGGGGCCCACAGCUUUCUAUAAGGGCUUUGUGCCCUCGUUUCUUCGCCUGGGCUCCUGGAACAUCGUGAUGUUUAUGAGCUACGAGCAGAUCAAGAGAGCGGUGGUGAGGUUUCAGCAGACCUGCUAGUCCUCACUGGCUCCUGGGGGACAGCUGCUGAGGCACCGGAGCGAUGAAGCAGGACGAUCUUAAAGAGAGAGAGAGAGAGAGAGCUGCUGCCGGUCUGGACCUGCUCCUCCUCAGGGAUGAAACUGUACAUCUUCACCUACUGUACUGCCCAUGAAGAGGCCCUCGGAAUACUACAGGGAAGGUGCAUGAGUUUUUUCAUGACAUGCGCACAUUGUUAUACAUGUUUUAUAUAUGUUGUUUUAGGCCUUUUCACAGAGGACGUUGUAACAUGCUGCAGUAAUUGAUUCAAUACAUUUUUCAGGAGACUGUAAUGACACCACUGUCAGAUUCCUCUUAUCUGGCUCCGUGCCAGUAGCUUUCCAUUCUUUCUUUCUUCUUGAUAAUAGAACGGUACAAUUUAAUGUGUGAGUGAAGUCACAGGCUCUCAACGCAGAUUAAAACAUGAGGAUUUCACACAUCUUGUAAGUGUCUCCUCAGCUUUACUGGGGCACUUGAAUACAGCAGAUCCAUGCUGUUAAUAGCUGUGCUUAUCCCACUAUGACAGGUCAAAAGGUCAGCUGUGAAAAGGCCAAUUAACUGAAUCUGGUGUGGGUGAGGAUAUAACGUUUCAGCCAACUUACUACUUUUCUAGGUUUUCUUGGUUGGAGUUUUGUAUCUAAUGGUUGGUUUCAGGGGAAAUGUUUUUAAUGUGACAAGCCACUGUCUGUCAUACGCACAUAAGUCGUUAGGUUUACCUCUGUUGAUUAUUUUGAUUUACAAUUAAUGACUUGUAGUCGUAUAUAAAAAAAAGGUUAAAAAUUGUCAUGAAAUUUCAAAAAACUUGUUUUCUUUGACUCAUGUUUACACAAUAUUACCUUAAUAUUAAAUGUAUGUCACACAAGACAAAGGAAAAAAGAAAAUCCUCACAACUGAGAAUGUGGAACCAGGAAAAAUUCUUAAUUUGCAUUAAAAAUAAGUAUGAAUUAUCAUUAAAAUAGUUGUGCUGUAUUGAUCCAGUCCUAUUAGGAAUGAGCCAAAGCCAAACGUUUUUCUAUUUGAAUGAUUAUCUGAAUACAGAAAACACAGCAAUUUUAUUUUAUAUUCUGCAAACUGUGAAUUAUACAUGAUAUAUGGAUUUUACAUUUCAUGUUAUGUCCUAUACAAAUAUGCAUAUUUGUAUUUGUUCACUAGGUAAAUGAUACAAAUCAAGCAGGACACUGAAACCACAUCCAUAGGAUUUAUUUUGCAUAUAAAAUAAAGUACCCAAAAAAUCCA